CUUGACACGCAGCCAGGAAAUGCAUGACUAAUAACAUAUUACAGCAUUUACAUUCUGAGAGACAGAAAUAGGAUGAUACGGAGAAUUUAAGCCACAUAUUGAAGAGCAACUCACUUGUGUAAGAACGACAAAGACACCUUCGAGGAAAAAAAACUUGGAAACUACCAACCCACUAAAAACCACUAAAAAAGCACGUGCAACAUUUGUUUACAGUAUAAAACUUUUAAAGGAAGUGGUAUCUGAUUGGUUGGAAGAAGAUGAAUUCUACAACGAUAACAAUAGACGUCAAUACUGCCUACGCGAUACGAAGAGCAGCCAGACGGUCGGUGCGGAACGUUCGGGGAAAGAUUUACAAAACACGGAAUCACAUUAGGGCUCAAAUAAACUAUCGCAAAAACAUGUUUCGACAGGCUGCUAAGAAGAGGGCCCGGACAAUGAUUUUGUCAAUUGUAGCCCCAUACCCAGAGAACGAUAUCGAUAUUGUAUCAUCAAAUUAUAGCAAUGACAGAAUCAAUGCAGCUGAUGGGAAUUUCUUUGAAAAAUACUCAGAAAUACAGUGUAAGCAAGAAAACAGAAAUCGUCUAGAUUCACAAAACCAGGAUGAUGAUCACUAUGAAGAUGUACAUGUGCCACCAUCUGAACCUGAAAAUUUCGAUGAGGUUGAUUCUAGUAGUAAUAGAUUGCUAAGGUGGACCAAAAAGGAGAAUGAUUUUUUGUACAAGAUUUCUCUGUCAGCAAUUGAGAAUCGACUUGGAUUAGCCCCCGAGGAUGAGGAUAUUCCAUCUAAUCUACUGUUUGAUUAUGUUAAAAAUGCUUUUUGCAUUCCUGAUGAUGACCAUAAUGUAUUGCUUUUAGAAAGUAGCAGCGAACAAGAAGCUUUAAUUCCAAUUUUAAAUGUCACUGUUAUUACUGCCAAUGGACUGGAAGCUAAAGAUCCUAAUGGUUUCAGUGAUCCAUACUGUUUGCUGGGCAUCAUGCCUCCAAAGGAAAACACAACAGAGCCCGUGAACAAUCUAGCAGAUAACAAUGAAACAGAAGUUGAUGCAAAGAAAAAUAAGAAAAAGAAAUGGUUCAAAAUUAAAAAGAAACAUAAGAAACACAAAAAGGAGAAACUGCGAGAUAAAGUCCCCGAGCAGGCGAUAAAGCAAACAAGAGUUAUUAAGCAAAAUCUUAAUCCAGUAUGGGAGGAAACGUUCAGCAUUGAUCUGCAGGAUCUCCAGGACGAUAUAUUUCAUUUGGAAAUUUGGGACCAUGAUGACGACUCCACGAUUCUAGGUGCCAUGAGGAACAUUAAUGAAGUUGUUGGUAUGAAAGGAAUGGGAAGAUACUUCAAACAAAUUGUACACAAUGCCAAGAACACUGAUGGAAAUGUAGAUGACUUCCUUGGUAGUAUAGACAUACCAAUCAAGGAUAUUCCGAGUCAUGGAAAAACGAACUGGUUCAAAUUGGAAGGAAAAUCACAGAAAUCGAAGGCAAAGGGCAAAAUCAAAUUACAGUUACACCUAGGGUACCGGAGAGAGAAAGACGAAGAAACUGAGGAAGAAGUUGAAGAUCGUAUGAGCCCCGUUGAGUGCUAUCGUUGCAUCUUGACGCGGUUCAUUGAGCACGAGUUACAGCAGAUGGGUAACUCCAACAGGUGGGAUGGUACCCUGAAUCGUGAGACAGUCUACAUCCUACAUCAAUUGGCCAUACAGAACCAGCUCACACCGUUAAACUUUGCAUACAGUCGUUGGUUGGCGUACAGUAAAGCACACACAUUGUACGCGAUGGAUUAUAGAUUCCUGCAUUCCUUAUUAAAAACAAUAGAUGAACAGUGGAAGAAAAGUCAAGAGAAAUCAGAUCAGAGUUUUACUACUAAAGAGAAGGUUGCAUUAGCAGAUUCAUUUGAUGCAUUUGUAAAGUACUGCAUUGGUCUUUUACGGAAGCAACGAGACGUAUUUCCACCACACAAGAAAAAUGUAUCAAGACUUGAAUGGCUUCUCAAAUGUCUACAGCACCUGCAAGCAUUAGAAAUUUAUAAGAAAUUGUGUCCGGCACAAACAGAUAUACAGUCCCAGAUCAUUAACGGUAUUCAGGAGGGAACAGUGGAAUGGUUCCAUAGGAUUCAUGCAUUCUCGGAGCCUGGUACCACCAAGGAUGGUGACGUGGUGGCAGCAAUGGCGGGACUGACCAAUACAUUAAACAUAGAUCUUAUUCGCAGCUACAAAUACACGGGCAAGUUGUACCAGGCCAUGCUACAGAUUGAUUAUUUCAGCAUUGCCUACAAAAGUUUUGAUAGUCUGCUUGGAGAAGAGGUGAUAGAUUUAAUGAAAGGUGUCAAUGAACGGUUAAAAUCAAAGGCGACAGACUCAACUGAUAUCAGUACCUUUCUAUUUGAGCUCUACUUGGCCCUGAAGGACUUUCUAACUUUUAGAAUGUACCUAAAUAAAAGUGAUGCUGAAGCCCUAGUAUUAGCAAACUACCACAAGUUCUUUAAAAGAGCCGUUCAGAACUGGCUUUCUCUUGCGUACGCAAAGGCUAAGCAGAGAAUAGAGAAGGCAGUGGAGUUGGAUCAGGUGAGGCAAGUAGAUGCAAUGGUUAAACACAGUUCAUCUGCUGUGGAUGUUGCUUGUUGUUUUGGUCAGAUUCGCGAGUUCUAUUCUAAACUAAACUGGCCGGAUGUUGAGGAAUCUUACGUAUUUGUUACAAAGAUUACAGAUGACAUUUGCCAAGCGGCCAUGUUUUAUGCAGACAUAAUUCAUCAAAAACUCAUCUCCAAGGGUUACUAUGAUGAGGAAGGGCAGUUUGACGUUACUGACCAGCUCUGUAUAGCCAUCAACAACAUUGAGCAAGUUCGGAGGUCACUGGGAGUGCUACCAAAAUCGUUAAAUUGGGAUAAGUUAUGGCUGUCAGUGACUAAGAAACAAGGCGAACAGUCAAGUGAUCAGUGCAAGGCGUCCCUGGAAGCGAUGCUUGCGAGUGCGGACGAUGACAUGAUGAACAUUAUCGCAAGGGUUGCCGGGAGAGUCGGAGACAAGAUGAGGCCAGAUAUAAAGAAGUUUGUCUUCCAGUUGGCAUAUACGCCAGUGAAACAGUCAUUAGACGAUGCAAUUACACCUCUGAUGCUGUAUUUGGACAAGAAUCUUAUCACACUUAAUGAAGGAUUAUUGAGAUCAAAUUUUGAUAGGAUUCUAGAAACAUUGUGGCAAGUGGUGUUGGAUGAGAUAAGGGAGCAGGUUAUAGGUGAACAUGAGCAACAUUCUCAUAAUAAUGGCCACACCCUUGGUAGUCAUACCAUCCACGUGUUGAAAUCCACCAUCGGUGAUUACACCAAAAAGAAAAUAGGUGCUCAUAUGCCUAACUUCAAGAAAAGUAAAUCUCUCAAGGCGAGAACGCGAAGAUCCUCUUCAAAAUCUUCUGAUGAUCAGGGCGAAAUUGGCGAAUGUUUGAUCCUUACCAGAUAUGGAAGGCGUUUUCUCUUUGAGAAGUUAGCACAGCUUUUUAGUGGUAAUCAUCAGAAAGGUCCUGAGUUUUUUGCACGUCUUCAUUCUGCUCUUGAAAUUCUCAUUGAAUUUUUCAAUGCGGAUGGAAAAGGUCUUCAGAUGAAGGAGCUGAUGAAUGACGACUGCAAAACACUUCUCUCUUGUCUGGUAACCAACAAGUCAUCCACUGAAGAACUUAUAGUGUCCUAUUAUGGCCAGCGUGUCCAGGAUCAGUUGAGCAUGGUUAAAUCACCUUACGGUACCUUAGAUGUGAUCUGCUAUUAUAAUCCCAUGGAUUGCAAGUUAUUUGUGGAAGUGACAAGAGCUUCAAAUCUCAAAGCACUUGAUUGUAAUGGUGUCAGCGAUCCGUUUGUAUUUAUUGAACUUUGUCCUCGACACAUGUUCUCUGUAGAUCCACAAAAAACAAAGGUCAUAAAGAAAACACUCAAUCCUGUUUUUAGGCAGAGUUUUGAAUUUGAUGUAAUGGCAGAACAAUGUAAACAGAGGGGCGCAUGUGUAAUGUUCAGCGUCAUGGACCAUGACUUGAUGUUUUCCAACGACUUGGAAGGAGAGGCGGUGAUCUCAUUAGAAUCAAUACCCGGGAUCAACAUGCAAGGAUCCUGCUCUCAACAAGUGUCACUUCACUUAAUGAAACCUGUUCAAAAUGAUGAGGACCAAACCAUGUUUACUGUUAUGAGCAAUCGCCAUGGAGAUAAGAGGGCAGCAGAUUUUGUAAAGAAGCGAUACCAUGCGAUUGACCAAGCAAAAUCUAUGUGAAUAAUGGCAUUGCAAACUUGAUUGACUGGACCAUUUAUCCAUUGCAAUAAUAUUCAUACUUCCAGUGUAAACAAUUUUACAUGAAUAGUCACAGUCAAUCCGAGAUGGUUAACAUUUUGACAUGCAUAUUGGAUGAAUCUGGCCUUUAAAAUUUUUUUUUUUAAAGGCCAGAAGGCCAAAAUAUUUUGGUUUUUUUAUUAUCUGGUGCUGAAGAAUUAUUAAUGGUAUACUUUUUUUUAUAGAGUACCACAGUCAUGUUGUCACGACGCCAGGUGGCGUUCUCUGUUGUCAACAUACGUAGGCUACCGUUCACACCUGAAUGACUUCAUAGGCUUUCUGGAAGGCAUUUUAAAAAUCUAAUAUUUUACCAUCAAAAUGUACAAAAAA